AUGAACCCCCCCGGAACCGCCCCGCUCAUCAACCUCGCACGCCAGUGCCAGACCGAGCUAGACAAACUGGCCAGCCAAUUCGUGCACAAUGUCCGGUCCUUUCGCAUCCAUCAGAUCCAGUUCCGCUCGUGGCUGAAGGAUUUCGCCGUCUGCAACACCCAGACUCCAGAUAUCUCGCUGGAUUGGCGCGUCCGGAACAAGCUCGAGGCGCGGUGUGCGCUCUACAUUCGGCUGGAGUCGUUGUUGUUAACGAUUCGUUCGUCUGAGAGGAAGUUGAGGGGGGCUGCUGCUGCUGCAGCAGCUGAAGCUGAGGCUGGUACUGCGGAUGAGAGUGGAGUAUCUACUCCGGCUGCUGGACUGUCUGCGGCGGGCACUUUGGCGCUGGCGCUGGCGGUCGUUCCUCUGUCUGAGGCGGUGGGCUCGGAUGGGACCUCGACUGUGGUUUCGCCAGUGAUGUCGCCUGUUACUGCAAUUGUGCCUUCAGCUGUGACUUCUCCGGUGGUUUCGCCGUUGUCGUCUCCCGUGAUGUCUCCUGCGUCGGAGGCAGAUUCUGAGGACAGUGGUGACGACGGAGAUGAUGAUGAGGAGGAGGAGGAGGAGGAGGAGGAGGAAGAGACCGACGAGGAAGACAGUGAUAAUGAGAGCAGUGACAGUUCCAGUGACAGUCACGGACAACUCGAGGAAAUCGAUGCCUUCACCGAGCUCCUCAUCUACUGCCGCAACGACAUCUUCGCCAUCAUCCGGUAUCUCGACGGCGACGCGGAGCGACUGGCGCGGACCAGCAGCACCUACGCGCCCAGUCCCCUGAUGGCCCAACACCCCGAGUACGUCGUGCGCGACGAAUGGGAAGCCGACGUCAACGAGGUGUUUCGGUUGGUGGUGCAAAACACCGUGCAUCACCGCUGCAAAGUCCACGACCGAGUGCUCGAGACUCGCAUCGUGGAGACCGUCUGCCAGCGACGCAAAGCCUUGAACUACCACUGGCGCUACCAGGACGGUUCGCCCAUGAACAUCCUCCGCCGCAACCUCAACCCGCCCACCUUCAUCCUGGCGCUGUGGGACAUCGAGCUUGGCAACCACCCUGCGCUCCCGAAACUGAGGCCCGGGCAGACCGAGUUCGAGUGUCCCUACUGCCGCUUCACGCUGCCAGCCCACUAUGCCAUACCUUCUGAAUGGAAAAAACACGUCCUCGCCGACCUCGAGCCCUACACCUGCAUCAUCCCCCACUGCACCCAUCCCACCCAAACCUUCGCAACGAUCCCGCAAUGGCUUUACCACAUGGAAGUGGCCCACGCCUCGAAAUGGCACUGUUUCGAGCCCGCCUGCCGACAGCGCACCUUCCACACGCAGAUCGCCUUCGAACAACACGGCAUCAACGCCCACAACUACACCCCGCAGCAAACCAAACACAUCACCGAGUCCGCCCGCCGCCCACUGCCCGCCGUCUUCACCGUCUGCCCCUUCUGCGGUCCGCGGCCCGACCACGACCCGCCCAGCCAGCUCAGAGACGAUGGAGCAGCCUACAUCGGGAACCCGCGCGCGUUCGCCGCCGCCCAGCGCCUCUACAGCCACGUUGCCGCCCACCUCGAGGAAUUCGCCCUCCUGGCGAUCCCCUACCGGCCGCGUCGUCGGCUGCCGGCCGCGUAUAUUCUCUGGUAUGCUUUGACCCUGGGUCCGAAUGUCUUUCGUGGGUUGACGCCCCAGGAGAUCCGGCGGGUGGUGAUGCCCCCGCGUCGGAGACGGCGGCGGCCGGGGAGGGGGCGGACGCGGCAUCGGCAGCGGCAGCGGAGAAGGAGUGGCGGUCGGAGCGACGGUCGUCGUGGUCGUGAAGGACGUCGCGAUGGCCCCGGUGGUGCGGGCAUUGGCCGUGCGGGUGGCCGUCGGGUUGAGUCCGACAGUGAUUCCGAUCCCGACAGUGAAGUGGAGGGGGUCUACGCGGGGGAUCCGUACAGUGACAGCGAGAGUGAUAGUGACUGGGAGUGGGAUUUCAGUGAUCAGCUCGUCCGACCUCGACCUCGUCAACCGCUGUCGUCGCUGAAUGAUCUGUUUUUCGGGCGCAGACGGCGCUUCCCCCAUUCGUCGGUGUCGUCCGGGUCGUCGCUUUCGUGGAGCGGGCCGCCGACGCCAGUGGGGCCGGAUAUCUCAGAUCUCGUGACGAUUGUGACUGAUUAUGCGGAUUUUGAGAUCUAUGAGGAUCCGGAGGAUUCGGAGGUGAUGGGGAUGGAGGACGUGGUGGUGAAUGGGUUACCGGGGUGGGAGGACUACCAGGGGGAGGUUUAG